AUGUGGACAAGCAGUAAGAAGCUCAAUAGUGACAUCUCUGUGCUCCAUAGCAACACAUCUUUGGACAUCUCCUGCCUCUUUGUUGGUGAGGGGAACAUACUCGAGAACAUGAACGUUUGCUCCAUGUCCCACUUUCCCCGCUUUGUACAAGACAGUGUUGUGUCGAAGAAGAACCUUGGUGUGUUUGUGAAAGACCUGCAUUUUGGCACAAUCCCUGUGAGGCUCUUUCAGCCUAAGACAGUCUCCUCCAAGCCCCGGAGAGGCAUCUCCUUCCAUGGAGGGGUUGAAGUGUUUGGUAGUCUGGACGCUUACCACAACCUGUGCACAUUCCUGGCUCUAGAGACAGACUCAGUGUUGCUGCCAGUGGGGUACCAAAAGUUUCCCUAUUGUCAUCAUUCUUCCAUUUAUCACAAUUGCCUGAAUGCGUCUAUUCACUUCUUGAAGUCUCUGAAAUCCUACAGUGUGGACCCCUUCCAGGUUGUGGUCUUCGGAGACAGCCUCGGAGGUAGGGCCAUUAUUAUCACUCACACCUUGGUAGGCAGACCAGGUCUCCCCCAGGUCUGGGCUCAGGUCCUGAUUUAUCCAGUCCUCCGGGCACUCUUCCAGUCCCCUCACAUCACAUCUGCACUAAAUGUCCCACUCCGUACUAAAGCUUUAAUGGUUACCUUUAUUUGUAAAUACCUGGCCUUUGGCUGCUCCUGGAAAGAUGCCAUGAUGACAGGUACCAGUAUGUCCCCAAGUGCCUGGAAGAAGUGUGGGAAAUGGCUAAGCCCUAACUACAUCCCUAAAAGGUUCAGGAGUGAAAACCAGCAACCUGAGGCACCUGCACCUUUUAAUGAGGCUGCUUAUUUAGAAAACAAACACACAAUGAAUAUAGACAUCUCUCCCCUCACAGCAGAUGACAAAAUCAUUUCUCAGCUUCCUGAGGCAUUCCUGGUGACCCUUCAUUGGGACCUUAUCUGGGAUAAUGCCUUGCUCUACAAGAAGUGCUUGGAAGACCAGGGGAUCCCUGUGACCUGGCACCAUGUGGAAGAUGGCUUUCACAGAUGCGUUGUUUUGUUUGAUAAGAAGUCUUUCUCAUUUCCCUGUUCCUUGAGCAUCAUGAAUGCUGUCGUGAGUUAUAUAAAGGGCUUGUAA